GGGGUCCUCUGUUCGCUUGACCGCAGGUUUACACGUGCUGCUAGCGUCAUAGCAUCAACAGCCGUCCGCGCGCCUUCAACACUUUCUCUGCCACGUAGGUUCCUACAAGACCUUAUCGUACACCUGUCCACCACACUUGCCACAGCUUUCUUCGCAUAGCAAUUGACACACCAUGGCCGCCCACGCUACCGCCGAGCUCCCGCUCGACCCAAAGUACGACAACUACGACUACCCCACAAUCGCUCCAACCCCCCAGAGCGGCCACCCCGGCCAUACGACGCCUGAGCAGAAUGCACAGGUCUCGCAGCUGCGCAUGUCGCUCGAGCAGGCGGGACACACGAAGAAUCUCGACACUUUGACCCUGUUGCGAUUUCUCCGCGCGCGCAAGUUCAAUGUCGAGCUUGCCAAGCAGAUGUUCGUGGACAGCGAGACAUGGCGGAAAUCGUAUGCGGGUGUGGGCGUCGAGGAGCUUGUUCGCACAUUCGACUACAAGGAGAGGCCCGAGGUGUUCCAGUUCUACCCCCAGUACUACCACAAGACGGACAAAGAUGGCCGCCCGCUUUACAUUGAGCAGCUUGGCAAGGUCGAUCUCACCGCGCUCCAUAAGAUCACGUCUCAAGACCGCAUGAUCCAGAACCUCGUCUGCGAAUACGAGAAGAUGGCCGACCCGCGUCUCCCCGCCUGCUCCCGCAAGUCUGGCUACCUCCUCGAGACGUCAUGCACAAUCAUGGACCUCAAGGGCGUUGGCAUUUCCAAGGCGACCUCCGUCUACGGCUACCUGCAAGCCGUGUCCGCCAUCUCCCAAAACUACUACCCAGAGCGUCUCGGCAAGAUGUACAUCAUCAACGCGCCCUGGGGCUUCUCGGGCGUCUUCAGCAUGGUCAAGAAGUUCCUCGACCCCGUUACCAGCGCCAAGAUCCACGUCCUGGGCAGCGGGUACGAGAAGGAGUUGCUGGCACAGGUGCCUGCGGAGAACCUCCCUAAGAUCUUCGGCGGAAAGUGCGAGUGCCAGGGUGGUUGCAUGUUGAGCGAUGUCGGUCCCUGGACGGAUCAGCAAUGGGCCAAGGAGCCCAAGUGGGCGAAGAGCGAUGCUAUCGACAACACGCAAAUUCCUGGUCCCAUGGAUGGCGGUGCUCAGCAGCCCAUCGCACCGGCGCCUGCUGGAGCUGAUGCUACUCAAACGCAUGCGCUCGCUUAGGAGGCAGGCGAUGUUAGAUGGAGGAGCUCUGAUACACUGAUCAAUGGUCAGGAAGAUCACGGGGAGAAAAUAAACGAAGCUCGAGUCUAAGGAGCAUCAUAAGAGCUAGAGAAGAAGGUAGCUUUCCUGUCGUUGGCUUGUUUUCCAAUCGCAUACAAACUGGUCACGGUAUAGACUGAUUAUGACGGCGUCAAAUCGGACAUUGAAAACGACUUGGUGCUGAUGUUUGGAAAUAUACUCACAGACUAUGUGUCCGCCUUCGCCAUACUAAUCCAGAGUUCGAAGGCCACAAAGAUGGUAUUUCAUGCCAACACAUCGUCACUCGUACACGAUAUCAACCCCCAAACGCCUUCUUCGAUCCCAUCAACCGUCUCUCCCCAUCACCGCCCCAUAAAC